CGUUUUCUGGAAUGGGUUUGUCGGUGGAAACAAGAUGGCGGCUCUGGCAAGAGCGCCAACAUAUAUACUCGAAUAGAUGUCAGCAGUAUCCCUAAUCGAGCAUUUUGUUCACAACCUGCACGUAUUUCAUGCAUCAUGAAGACCAGGAGGAUGUUUUAUAGUAGGGAUUGAAUAAACUAGGACCGUUAUUAAAGUCAGCAAGAUGUGCGAGAGCUAUGCUCGCUCGCUGCUGCGUGUGUCGGUGGCGCAGAUCUGCCAAGCGCUGGGCUGGGAUGCAGUGCAGCUCACAGCCUGCGACCUGCUCUCCGAUGUUCUUCACAGAUAUAUCCAGCAGUUAGCCAGGGGUUGUCAUCGAUACUCGGAGCUAUAUGGGCGAACAGACCCAGUACUGGAGGACGUGGGCCAGGCCUUCAGACUGCUGGGUGUGAGCCUGUCCGAGCUGGAGGACUAUGUCCAUAACCUGGAGCCUGUGGGGUUCUCCCAGCAGACACCUCUCUUCCCCCUCAGCAAAAAUAACAUGCUGCAGUUCCCUCAGCCUGGAGUGGGGGUACGGGGGGAUGCCGAGGAGAGGAGGGAAUACAUUCCAGAUUAUAUGCCACCCUUGGUCUCUUUGCAAGAAGAAGAGGAGGAGGAGGAAGAAGCCCUGGCGGACAUGGGCACCUCUGCCGAGGCCAUGCAGGUCCCGCUGGACGAUACAGACGAGGACAUGGAUGACGACGAGGUGGUGAACGAUGAGAACCACCCUGUGAAGAGACACCUAGACAGCCCCGACGCCGCCAUGGGUAUGAUGCCCACCUCCAAGAGGCCUCGCAUGCACCCCGGCUUCAGCCCCGAUUGGAGCAUGGAGCCCAGGGAGCCCCUCACCUCCCUCAACCCUCAGCGUGUCCCUCCAGGCAUGAUGGCCUCCCAUUCCCACGACAGCAUGGGUUCAAUGUCUCUGUCUCCAGAGACACCUGGGCCUCCGACAUUGUUCAGACCCCAGCCGGUGACCCCAGGGAGACACUCUGAUCAUAAGUCUCAUGGCGGUCAAGGCCGCAAAGGGCCCAAAGGCUCAUCCCCUGGUAGGCCACGGACUAAGUCCCCAAAGGGGGUCAAUGCUGGUGGGGCUAUGUCAGGCAGCCCCAUCCGCUCGCCCAAAUCUUCCAAGGAGCGGAAAAAGUCCCCGGGCCGGACCAAGAGCCCUAAAAGUCCCAAGAGCCCCAAGAUGGGUUCUGGAGUCAAGUCUGGUUCUCACUCCCAGGGAAAAGCAGAGGCUCAGGCCCUGGCCCUACAGAGACUUCCCCUGUCGGCCCUCAGCGAGAGGAUGGGGAAGGAAAACAUCCACGUGCGGCAAAGCCUGGAGGACCGCGAGCUGGCGGGUUUCGUCUCUGAUAAACUCUGCGAACCUGGCAGCGACAACGCUGAUAUUGACGAUUCUAUCGACGCUGUGAUUGCUAGGGCAUGCGCUGAGCGAGAGCCUGACCCGUUUGCCUUCUCAUCAGGCUCCGAGUCAGAGAGUGAUGGCUUCUCCUCUCCACGGAGGCUUACUAUCAUGGAGCCAGGCGGAACGCCUAAGCUCUCACUGGGUGCCAACAGCCUGGGUAAAGACACUUCUACACCGCUUCACGUCAACGCAGGCAGUGGCCCCGGGAACUGGACCAUGGACGACUCCAUCAACGAGGUCCUACGUAAAGUAAACCAGGGAGGUCCCAAUGCGGGACACCCCCAAGGCGAGUCAUACCUGUCCUCAGCAUCCGCCUCGCCCCCGACCCCUGAGCCCCUCCUCAAGAUGUACGAGGAGAAGAACAAGCUUGUCUCCUCGGCUGACAUCAAGAAGAAACUCAAGAAGGAGCUGAAGACAAAGAUGAAGAAGAAGGAGAAAGGAGAGAAGCCAAAAGAUAAAGAGAGGGAUAAGGACAAGGGGAAGAUGAAAGAGAAGAACAAGGAUAAGAACAGGGAUAAGAGCAAAGAUUCUUUCUCCAAGGAGGCCAAGAUGCCAUGGAAGGACUUCGGUAACAAGGACGAUGACCUCAGGGAACACUUCCUGGGUCAGAGGUCAGGGUUCGGCGGACCAGAGGGCUCCGUGAUCAAGAUCAAGUCGCGAGAUGGAGGGGAUGGCAGUGGCAGGAAGGAGAAGGACAAACACAAAGACAAAAAAAAGGACAAGGAGAAGAGCAAGAAGGGCAAAGACAAGCGGGACAAGGGUAAGGAUCGGCAGAAGAUAUCCUCCCUCACCCCGUUCGGUUUGGGUGACAUGCCUGCCCUGUUCAGCCCAUCGACGUGUCUCCGCAUCCCCUCCAUGCUGCCUCCUCUUCCGCCUAUCCUCCAGGAAAAGGAUGUGAAGAGCAAAGAGAAGGACAAGAAGAAAGACAAGAAGGAGAAGAAGAAGAAGAAAGAUAAAGACAAGGAGAAGGAAAAGGAGAGGGAAAAAUCCAAGGAGAAGGAGAGGGAGAAAGAGGAGAAGAGGAAAGAGAAGGAGAAAGACAAGGAAAAACGGGAGAAGGAGAAAGAGAAGGAAAAAGAGAGGAUUAGGCUCGAAAAGGUGAGGGUGGAGACUCCAGUGGCUGUCCCAUCACCAGUCAUCCCCAGGCUUACCCUAAGGGUUGGGGCUGGCCAGGACAAAAUAGUUAUCAGUAAGGUGGUUCCCAAUUCCGAGCCACCGCUGCCGCCACCCAAGAUGCCAGCACCCAAGAUCACCGCCACUAAAUCAGGACCUGGCAGUCGCCUUCAGCCCCCUCCACCUCCACCCCUAUUGUCCCCAGUUGUACCCUCGUUGCUCUCCCCCGCCUCCAUUCUGUCCUCCAGCAAACUGCCUGUACGCAGUGUGAUCACUGAAACUGUCAGGACGUACGUGAUUCGUGAUGAGUUGGGGAACCAGAUCUGGAUCUGUCCUGGUUGCAACAAGCCUGAUGACGGCAGUCCCAUGAUCGGCUGUGAUGACUGCGAUGACUGGUACCAUUGGCCAUGUGUCGGGAUGGUCUCGGCCCCUCCCGAGGACCAGCAGUGGUUCUGUGUGAAGUGUGCCGGCAAGAAGAAGGACAAAAAACACAAGAAGCGGAAGCACAAAGUGCAUUGAGACUAUGCAAAACAAAGCACACUUUGGACUUUUCAUUAGCUGGACUGACUGCUUCUUCAAGCCAUACUGGAACACUCUUGGCACUGGCUGUAAAAAAAAAAAAAAGGAAACAAAGAAGAAGAAAUUAAAAACAUGACAGAUAAGACAUUCACACAUCCUGAUGAUUUUAGUGAAUGACAGACUCUUUAACCAGCACAUGUCCAACCUCAGCUUUUAAGGCUAUGUCCUACUUCUGUACCCUUCUCCCAAAGUGUGCAUGUGGCUUGCACACUAAAAGCAUUGGGUUGAUGUAAGCAUUGGCUGGAGAGAGUUUCCACCAUUGUUUAAAUCUAGAGAAUUAGGACACAGUCUUUGUUGUGAGAGCCCUUGGCCCAGCGUUCAGUAGGUGUGAUGUCGUCACAGAGAUCAUGCCUUUCCAUCAUCGUGGUUACAAACCGAUCACUGUUGAGUUCAAUGUUGUCAAAGAUAGCAUUGGCAUGGUAUGGAGAAAAAUCUACAUUCAUCCAUCUUCAUAUUAUUCUUGUUGUUUUGUUAGUAUUUCUAUAGCCUGGUCCGUUCGUUAUCUGUUUGUGCUGUCUUGCCAACUCCUAUGGCCUCUGGCUUGAGUUGGAGAUGGCAAGACAACACAAACUUAUCUUGGAACAAGGCUAGUAUUUCCACAAAAAGUUCAAUAACAUCGAACUGAAUGACAGAUUCAGAUCCCCCCCGGUUUUCUGCAGUAUCAUUUAAAUAUGUCAUGUAUAUAAAGGUAACUGCAUUUGUGUGUAUUAUAAAAUGCGUAAAUACCAACUUCCAACCAAGCCCAAGUGCAUUCUGUUCUUAGGAGUCUUCUGACUUGUUAAAUCCAUUUCCAAAUUAUUGGUUUUUAAUGAUUUUCUGUAUAUUUUUUUAAUUACAUUUCAAUUUUAAUUUUUUUCUCCUUAUGAAUUGUCCCCCAAUCAGAGUUAUACUGUAGCUGUGCUCGUUGUACACGUAUCUCAUUUUGCUGAUAUUUACAAUAUUAAAGACUAACCGUCUCAUUGACAUCCAAUUUUUUUCCAAACGAAUGCACUCAUUUGUACUUAACUUCUCUGUACGCAACUUUACUUUGAUAUAAUUUGAGGGCAUACGCACUUCUAUCUUCUUUCAUGCAUUUACAUUGAUUGUUCUGUGCAAUUUUGAACCUUUCCCUAUACAUUUUAUCCCCUUUGUUUUGAUGCAUUUAAUGAAUGAAAAUACAGUGGAAAUAUUUGAACAAAA